AUGCCGCCAGUUUACGACGUAGAAUACGAUAUGAACAAAGACGGUACCGUGACUCCUUACCUCGUCGAGUCGAUUCCUCCUCCCGAGGUUCCAGCCCUGUCCUCUACCACGAGUCCGGCCCCAUUGACGUCGACUACUGGUCUCUACUUGACCUCCUCGAGCAACAAGCCAUACAUUGCAACCCCGCCUCGAAGGGUUAUUCCCGACUCCUCCGCCGGCCCUCCUCUCCAUGGCAACUUAGAACGCCAUAAGAUAACCAAGGACCAUAUUGCCAGGGAGAAUGGGACCUAUGUUCCGCUAAAGACAAAAGAUGGCGAGCUGGAGUGGUACUGUGAGGUGUGCGACCGGGGCUGGACGGACGAGUGGUCUCUGCGCUUGCACGAACGGAGGUCGUACGACUCCUCCCCUCGCUCUCUGGGCCCCCCCUCCGCCACCACCACCACCACUCGUAUCGCUGCCGCUGCCGUCGCCGCCAAGCCCAAGGCCGCCCGUAAGGGCAAGGCCAACGACACUAUCGCGCGGCAUCUGAAGACAGUCGCCAAGUUUCUCAACUGCUUCCCCGAAGGCUACGAACGCGAAGAUGUCUCCGGUGAGCGCCUAUUGUGCAGCCUCCGGGCUCUCAGCCGCAGCGUAGAACUGCAAUUCGGCGGUACAAUAGCUCCUACUAUCGAGGAACUCCAUACUUUCGCCCAGAGUGCCGUGAUGGAUGAUAAGGAGAAGCACAUAACCAUGGGUAAUGGGGUCAGGUCAUUGGAGAGGGACUACAGCGUCGACCAGCUGGCGAGCAUACAACUAUGGUGCGGCGUCCAUGAGCGAGACCUUGUGUUUGGUUGCCUGAUGAGUACCGGACUACUCAACCUCUACAACAACGACAACACCACGGCCGCCACGAGUGUUGUGUGGCUCUACAGUUCGAAUGACGGACGACUAUACCGACCACUUCGAGGCUCUCCGCAGACCGACCGUCUCAGGCUCGCAAAAUGGCAAAACCUCACGCUGCAUUAUGAGAUACGGCGCCUCUUCAGUGGACACCUUUGA